AUAACCAAACAUCCUUAUCCUGAUUACCAAACGACCACUCAAAGUUGGUUUGGAAUAGUUACUGCUAUGGUUCUAGUUUAGAUCUCUUUUCUCGUUUGGUUUGUUUUAAACUAGUCUUCUCUUAUUUUUUUAGAGGAAAUUCGGACAAAUUUGCUAUACAAAAAUUAUGUCAAUCAUAUUUCUUUCCUUUUACGAAUUUUACUUUUAUUUAUUUGUUUCCCCAGACUAUUUACCUAUACAAUAAGAUUAACCCCACGUGUUUUCCCAGUACUCCCUUCGUUCACUGGAGUAUAAUUUUGAAUGUUUCACCACCCUUAUAACACGAUUUUUCUGAUGGGAAAAUAUAAAAAAAAGCUAACAAUCAUAAACAUAGUUGAAACUAGAAUUGUCGGGGAAACUCAGUAAAGAGGUCCCCUCCAAAAAUAGGCGUAUGCCACUAGAUGCAGCGCGCACACGGUAUUCUUUAGUAAAAGGCGAAAGAAUAGUUCGCUUUGUGCUCACUGCAUGGCUGCGUGAGCUUUACAAUAGCCAGUGCUUCCCUUUUUAUGUUGUAACAAAGUCUGGAUUUACUCUUUCUUUUCGAUGUGGUACGUGCAUCACUCUUUUUCCCCUUGAGGCUUCAAAGUAUAUUACUCUUUCCGUCUUCUUCUUGUUCUUCUCCUUCUUCACCGGUCCUGCAAUUACUAUAUGGUUGGAAUUUACAGGUUUUUCAAAAUAAAAACAACUUUUGUGGUUCUGCAUCAUUUGUAAUCUAAUAUUCGAUUUCGCUUCAGUUUCUAGGUGAUUGUGAAGAGAUAUAUAUAUAUAUGCUCACAAGCUGAUCGACGAAAUGCUGCACAGAAUGAUUUGGGCUAAAUAUAUUGAAUUUCAGAUCCAGGUUAGCCGUACAAUGGCGUUGAGUAGUAUGAGGAACGUUAUACCUCGAGCUAAGAUAUUGAUAGCCAGUAAAAGUGGAAUGAUGAGGUUUUAUCACGGCCCAGAAGAAUUCCAUGAGGAGUCUUUGCCUUCUGAAUGGUAUGAGAAAGCUUUCUCAAAAUUAACAAAAUUGAGUCACUUGCUAAAGAAUGUGGACUUAGUUGAUGGUAAGCUAGUCAAUGUUAAUGACCGCGUGAGAGUUUAUGAUGAGAGCUUGGAACAAAAGAUGUGUACUUUUAAAUCACUGGCUAGGACCUUUGUUGGGUGUCCGUCAAUGCAAGAAAGGAUGAAGAAGAAUGUGAUGGAAGCAUUAGCUGAUUCACAAUACGACCAGCCCGUGUAUUUCAGUAAAGCUAGCGAGAGGGAAUCGAUUACCAUUGAUUCCCUCACAAAAGUGUCAAACUUCUUGAAUGUGUCUGCUCAACAAAAGAAGCUUGUCAGGCAAUCAGUAUGUGCACAGGUCACAAAGUACCCGAUAUGGACAGGGGCACUCGAGGAGAUAUUGACUGGACUGAAAUCUGAGAUAGAUUUUCUAAAUAGUAGGUGUCCAAGUAAAGAAAUUAAAAUGGCGCAGCAAAUAGUUGCAACUUGUCAAAAGUUUUUAGAAAGUGCCACUUCUUAUGACCCUGAAUCCACUUCAUGGAUGCGCCUCGCACCUGCCAAAGGCGCGGAGUUACCCACUUCUCACAAGUGGGAAGAUGUUCUUGAAAUGUUUCUCGACCUUAUUAAUUGCUUGUGUGAAGAGACUAAAUUAACUUCGGAGGUUAAGAAGCUUGAGGUCAUGAAAGAAGGGCUUUAUCAGAUUAGGGAUGUUCUGAUAGACAAAAGCAUUGGAUAUAAGGAAACUCGCCACCAGGAGAGUUUAGUGCGCAAGAAGUUGAGUAAAACAUUGGGUCACUCAUCACGAUGUGUGUUCACACUUCUUCUUUAUUAUAUUUAUGGCAGCAUAUGGGAUAUUGAAGUUGAAGUUUGUGGAGGACUUUAUGCAAUUGGUCGCGGGGAUAAAUUCCGUCUGUGCAUGGGAAAGAUCUUAACAUCCAAUGAGCAGAAUAUACUGCAGAGUGGGGUAAAGCAGCUAAGCAGAGUUCUGGGGCUUUUCAAGUUUGUAUGGGAAACAGCAGGAAUGAAAGGCGACCUAGAAGUACAAGGACAUUUGUGGUGCAUUGGUGCGGAGAAUAAGUCAUUUACCUAUAGAAACACUAUGUUCUUGCUGCAUUCUAUUAGUUGCUGAUGCCGGACUUGUAUCGUAGGCUGGACCAAUCUUAUCUUGAAAAGGGUCAUUAUAAGAAAAGACUUGCUGCCAUAUUCCACCAAGUUUUGGUAAAUUUGUGAUGCUGCUCACUGCUGAACUCCUUCAACUUAGUUGGUGAUUUUUUACUUGCUGCUUAUGACAAGGACGCGCUUAUCUACCCAUUCAUAUAUUUGAGGUUUGGAAAAUAUGAUGAAUCUCAGGCUGUUGUACGCGCUUGAAAAGAUGAUGCAAUGGGGAAUGUUAAUGAUGUUUACAGUAAAUAAGAAUUCAAAACUAUUGAGAUUGAGGAGAAUAACACAAAUAAGAUACUUUUGAGGCACUAUUGAUUUUUGACCCAGGUACAGAAGUUUUUGGAAAAAGUACGGCGCCAGAAUUUUAAAGCCUCUACUGACUAUCGCCAAAAUUUUAGCAAGUUAUGCUGAUCGUCAUAAUUUCUAGCCAAAUUCUGGCCACAAUCAAUGGUAGGAUGUGAUCGUGAUGGAUGUCAUAGUGUCUUACCUAUGUAAAUAGUGAGUGCUAAAAUUAUAUUGUUUCAAAUCAAUGCUGGUUUU